GAACUCUUUAGAUAUAAAGAGUUAUUUAUAUCUAACACUGAUAAUCAACUUUAGUAAUUAGUUCAGUGGUUAAUUAUAGGGGACAAUAACUACUAUGUAUGUUGACAAAACAAGGGAUACCUGUGCCAGGCUUUUCAGACUGCCUCCUGAGUAAUCCAUGCAGCAACCCUGCCACAUUAUAAAGAGAGCACAAAUCUUAGCAGAAACAUUGACAGAACCAUAGGCAGCAAAAAGAUGAACUCACCCCUUUUCCCUUACGGAGCAAAUUACAGUUUGGAAUGAGUGAUUUCGAUAAGAAAAAUGGCUCCCAAAGGGCCCCUCCCCCAACAAAUGCCUACUCUUUUCUCUUGCUUAUUUAAAAGAAAGCCAUCCUGGAAAACAUUCGUGUGGGUGACAUAUAUGUAGUUUAACUUAAACAUCUCUUUAACCUGGGGCUUCAUUUUGAUUGUAUAGAAAGUUAACACACAGAGCAUGCUUAAACUAAUUCACGCGCAGAAUAAGAACGCAUGGUUAGACCAAAGGCCUGUUUAUUCCAGUAGCCUGUUCUUGUUGUGGCUGGUCAGAUCCAUGCAGAUCCAGAGCAGCACGUGAGUGAACUGGCAUCCUCCUGGGCCUGUUCCCAAGCAGCUGGUAUUUGGAGGCAUGCCACCUCUGAUUAUGGAAGACAGCUAUAGCCAGCAUGAGAAGUGGCCACCGAUAGGCUUAUCCCCCAAAGGCUAAGUUGCAGUUUAGUGCCAAAUACAGAUUGUCAUGCUGCCCGUGCACUCCUCUGUCAGGGCUGUAAGUAGGAAACUGGGAAAGUUUAGUUCUAUUUCAGCCGACUUUCACGAUACCCAAAUCAAACACACUUUGGUUCAUACUGAGACAAGGAAUUCUGGUCUAAGCUGCCCUGUGGCUAAUCAGAUGGCAUAGAAAUCAAAUAAAUAAAUACUCACUGUUGUAAAGAUAAAGCAUGCCACCUGCAACAACAACCACGCAGUAUGCGCCCCCUGACGGAGGAUGGGGUUGGGUCGUGGUCUUUGGAGCUUUCAUCUCCAUUGGAUUUUCUUAUGCAUUCCCCAAAGCCAUCACAGUGUUCUUCAAGGAAAUUCAGGAGAUCUUCGGCACAACAUAUAGUGAGAUAGCAUGGAUAUCGUCGAUCAUGUUGGCUGUCAUGUAUGCAGGAGGCCCCAUAAGCAGUGUCUUGGUGAACAGAUAUGGCAGCAGGCCGGUCAUGAUAGCAGGCGGGAUCCUGGCCUCCUUUGGAAUGAUAACCUCUUCUUUCUGCAAUAGCGUGAUAGAGCUUUACAUAUGUAUUGGUGUGAUUGGAGGUUUAGGCUUGGCUUUCAACUUGCAGCCAGCCUUAACAAUGAUUGGCAAGUAUUUUUAUAAAAAGCGUCCCAUUGCUAAUGGACUGGCCAUGGCUGGAAGUCCAGUCUUUUUAAGUACUCUGGCACCUCUCAAUCAGUUUCUUUUUAAUGCCUUUGGCUGGAAGGGAAGCUUUCUCAUUUUGGGAGGACUGCUUUUGAACUGCUGCGUGGCUGGGUCCCUCAUGAGGCCUGUUGGACCAUCACCUGCUGUAAAAAAAGAUGUGGAAAAAGGAGACUCUACCUUGCACAAAAAUGACAAGAAAUCCUUUUGUCAAACCAUCAAUCAAUAUUUAGAUUUAUCCCUUUUCAAACACAGAGGAUUUCUGAUUUAUUUGUCUGGAAAUGUGAUCAUGUUUCUUGGCUUCUUUGCCCCAAUUGUGUUUUUAGCUCCUUAUGCCAAGCACAAGGGAAUUGAUGAGUAUUCUGCAGCUUUUUUACUCUCUAUCCUGGCUUUUGUAGAUAUGUUUGCUAGGCCAUCAAUGGGCCUCAUUGCAAACUCCAAAUACAUCCGGCCCAAAAUCCAGUAUUUCUUCAGUUUUGCUGUUCUGUACAAUGGCGUCUGCCACAUCCUGUGCCCGUUGGCCAAUGACUAUAAUGGCCUCGUUGUGUAUGCAGUACUUUUUGGACUUGCCUUUGGCAUGGUCAGCAGUGUCCUUUUUGAGACACUUAUGGAUCUUGUUGGUGCUUCGAGGUUUUCCAGUGCUGUAGGACUCGUCACAAUCGUGGAGUGCUGCCCUGUUCUUUUAGGCCCGCCUUUGGGAGGUUUGCUUGUGGACAUCACCAAAGACUACAAAUACAUGUAUUUUGUCUGUGGUGUAAUUGUCAUCAUUGCAAGCAUCUGGCUAUUCAUUGGGAAUGCAAUCAAUUACAGACUUUUGGCAAAGGAGAAGAAAUUAGAAGAAGAAAGGCAGAGGGCACUGAAGAAUGCUGAUUCAAAAGAAGUAGAACCUUUGACCCACAAAGAGAGUGAAGAAACGGUCAGCAGAUCAAGCAAACUUCAAGAUAAUCCCUCAGAAAGAGAAACUAAUAUUUAAUAGAAAAAGAUGUGGUCCCAAUACUCGUAUUUAUAACUUUCCUUAGAAGUAUUUCUUCUAAAUACAGGCCAGGUUUUGUAGCAAAUAUAAUGAGUCACAAUACUAAAUGGGAGUAGGGAGUUGCAAAGAUAAAAAUGAAAUCCAUAAUGUCCGGUCAAUUAGAUCACAGUCCUGCUCCUUCCACACUGAGAGAAGACAGCCCGGAAGGAUUCCCUGCAGAAUGGCAUUGCCAGCUUUCCCUCUAGUGCCACACUGCACCUGCACGCGUGGCGCUCUGGCUUUGCCAGGCAGGCUACAACAUGCCCAGGUGUUCUCAGCCAAAGAGAGCCUUCUGCACCUCGCCUUGACGCCACUAGCAACCUGUAUGCACCUCUCCAGGUGUGCAAGCGGGAAUGCAGAAGCAGUGUGGUUUGGAAGGCAGAGUUACUCUGAGAUCCUCCGAGGAGCUGUUCUCCAUUCAGUUCUCCAUGUAUGGGGGGACCGGGAUUGUGGCAUCACAUUUUGAUUUACUUUGGUAUCAAGAGCAUUUGGGUGCAGUGGAAAUCCGUGUGAGUGAAUCCAUUCAAAAACAGGGUAGGGCUUUGGCUACAAUGUCUUCCAAUAACAAGUGCUGUUGCUCCAAAUGCAUUUCUAAUGCAAAAAUAUGUCCUUGCCUAGUAAAGGAAGACUCUGAUUUCUAUCCUCAAACUAUGGUCAAUGCCUAUUGACCGCUUUGCCUGGUAUAUUUUUGGCCUCUAAAGAAAAGAAUUGAAAACCAUGAGUUUAAAUACGACAGUAAAAGCAAUGGAGUCUCUAUCAACUAUUUGAGUAAAACGCGCACAAAGAUGAAAAACUGUUUUAUACUGCAGUUCCAGUGGAUCAAAAGGUCUAUUAUUUCAGAUCAAACUUUAACAUGUGGAUUUUAAAGACACAUGAAAUCAGAUACGAGAAGUGGUAGAUUUUAUUGCCAAGUGCAAUAUGUACUGUAAUUACAGUGACUGAGGGAUUCCUUCCUUCUGCUGUAAUAGAUUAGAAAUGUAAAUAGGUAUGGCCUGAUCCUAAGUCUUGCAGAAUUUUACUUAGGAUGGAUUGUAUCAAUUGCUGCAUCACUGCAAUAUCAUAAGUAGAAAUGCUGGCACAGAUAUUUAGGAUCAGGGUACAAUUUUGAACAACAUGUUGCCUUGUGAUCAUCACUUUUACCCCAUCCAUGUUUGAAAUCGUUUUGCAUUCAUGGUUAUUAAAACAUGCCACUGCCACAUUACCGAACUUUCUAUCCUCGGUGACCUUGCCAUACUUGACACACUGCUGGGAGGACUCGCUGCACAAACUGAUCCCUACUGAGAAGUUGCUGUCAGUGAGGAAUGAGUGCUUUAGGAUGCAAUCCAGUGCAUUUUGCCUAGAGAAAAGUCCUGGAACUGCUAGCAAGGCCUGGCCAACCAUGGCCCAUGGUGGAAGUGCUAGGCUUUUUUUCUGUCUAAACAUGCCUAAGAUUGUGCUGUUGCUAUGUGUGCUCAGGCUUUUACAGGACUAUCAGGGACCAGAGAAAAUGCAUUUUUUUGGAGCUGUGUCUAGCUCAUGAAUCACCGCUUAGCCGUCCCUGUUAAGAUUCUCCCCUUCCUUGUUUCAAGAACACAAGAACAAUAAAAACCACUGAGAGAGACAUUGCAAACACCCUUCAGUUGAAGUGUGUCUCUUUUUUUUCUUUGUUUCUUCAUUUAACUGAAGGCCAAAGAAAGCCUCUCAUUGCUGGCAACCAGCUUCAGACCAAUCUAGUCUGGAUUUGGGGGCAGAUAUCCAGGCCUACACUAGUAGAAAAUGGAUGCAUGAGUGAGGUUCAAGCUUGCCCAACUUCCACCUUGAAGUUUAUUCCCAUUCCCAAUUGUAAGCUAUCUCCUCACCCUGCUUGAACAGGAAAAGCACAUUUUUAAGUGUGCAUCUAAAUAUAUACAUUGAUUGAGGUGUAAAAAGGCACACUUUCCCAAAAUGAGUAAUUUUAAAGAGUGCAUGUUAAAAUGCAGUCUGUUUAAACUGCAGUUUCUUAAAAUGUACACAUGUUGCAAAUAUGCAUUGCAAGUUUGGCAAUGCGUGAGCCUUGCCUGCAAAAUCCACUUAAUUUUGAAGUGUGAACAUGGCAAAUUCCAAUCUUAAAUGAACAGACAUAGAAUUUGUGUACAUCCUUACUUGCUGAUUCAGAAAUUCAAAGUUUGGAAUUCCAGCUUGAAAUUUCCAGUUUCAAACUGGAAAAUUCCAUUGUUCCAGUUCACCCUCCACCGGAGCACUGCUGGUGGCCAUACAGAACAGAACUAACAUCAAAAGGGGUGGGGGGGGAGCAUACAGCCUGGCAGAAGUAGGCAUCGUACCUGGUUUGUUUGUGGGCCACUGUAAAGGGAAUAAGCUUUCUCCCGGAAUGUCCCAGUGCAUUCCAGCAAGCACUUUCCCCUUCACAAACCUGUUUUAGGUCAAUAGAACAUGCGGACAGAUAUUUCCAUUAUUUCCCUUGGUUACCAAGGAAACUCCUCCAGCACCACGAUGGCAACAGUGUGAGGCCAGGCUGCCAACAUGGCACUCCGCAGAGCAGGAGGGAAAUGCAUCACUAAUGUGCUGUGGCAGAUCUUGCAUUGCACUGUUGUAACUAGAUUUCAGUCUUUUGCUAUAAAACCUAACAUUCAUUUCACUUCUAGCUCCAGGGUGGGAUUCCAUUUUGCAUAGGCGGCAGUGAUCCACCUAUAGAAAGCAUACUUCUCCCAAAUGAAAAAGAGAUUGUUCUCUCCAUGGCGAAUAAGAUAAGCAGUAGUCCUGGUGCUUGAAAUCUAGCUAAGCCAAGAACUUGAAAGCAGAAUGACUGCUCCCUUCUAUGACCAUUAGCACUGUAUUCCACAUGUAUGUCUAAGAGAGGGGUAGGACUAAAAGGAAACCUGACUUUUUGGAAGCAGAAGCAGCGCAUCUGUUUCUCUUGUGAGUACAAAUCAGCUCGGCAUCAAUUCACAAACCUGCGGACUUGAAAUGGGAAAGGAAGGUGGAAGACAGAGAUGUUUCUCCCUCUGUUAUUGCCCCUUCCCACCAUUUCAGCAGUUAGUUGUGUGGCUGCUAUAAACCCAUUAUACAAGGAGCAUUCCUCAGCAGCACACCAUAUAACACAUCCUAUGAGAAAGGUCUGCUUAAAGCCCAUCCUUUAAAGCACGGAUGAUUUAAGUCAACCUCCAUUCUAGGACAAUGUGCGUCAUUAUGACAGAUGGUCUGAAGGUGUGCAGAGGCUUUGCAUUGCCUGCUGGUAAGUGCAAUGAAUCUUGUACCACCUUGCAUGAUGUGACUCUGUCAUUGAAGGCCAGGACAUCCACUAUCAGAUCUUAUGGCCAGCUCUUUCCUCAAAUCCAAGGCUUUAUUUUUUUCCAGAGAAGCCAUUCACUGAUAUGACAGAAAGUAAAGUCAUGUCUUCAAAUGUGCUGUUCAGAUCAAAGUGAAACUUGACUCCUGUUGACCCAGAAACUGGAGUGAGAGUCAGGAUUUACUUCCAACUCAAGCCUUAGUUGGGGGUUCAAAAUAUUGCUUACUUUAGCAAUAGUGGAAACACCAGUACAGGUUUUCUUAGAGACCUUUGCUCACAUAGCUAUGCAUGCAAAAGUCCCUUUCUUUGCAGACACUCACACUCACACAGACCCAGUACAUGAGACACCCAGGCAGGGCUGUGCCAUUUGGUUCCACUUGCAUGUUAGGUAAGCACAUUUUUCAUCAGCCAAAUAGAGUUUUUAUGCCAUACCAUAGUCCAUUCAUGCGGAUUUAUAGAACUCAAUAACUACCAAAAAACCAAGCCAAGCUUUACUACAUAACCCCACCCUCAACUGACAUACAUUCUUUGAUGUAUUAUUCCUCCCGUUGGAUGCAUGCAUAGACAUUCAUGUGACAUUUCUAAACCACCUGCCACUUACGUAUCUCAAAAUGCAGCCUUAAAAUGAUCUAUGGUGGCAGCAAGAUCAAUGAACCAAAUGCUUCCAAAAGGUAUCUAGGGGCAUGCACUCAGGAACACUGUAUUUUCACAUUUCUUCAUGUGAAAAUAGAAUGAUUACUGUUCCCCUACCAUGGCUUUUACAUAUAGUGAACAUUACCAGCUUUUCUUCUAUGUAAGCAGUUGUCCAUAGUUAGGUACAUAUAAGUUAAGCAGGUAGUUGCUAAGAGCACCGAUCUGCAAAAAUGUGUGAUUACUCAUGUUCCUGAACCCAGUGUUGGCCACAUUGCCUAGUCCUGUGUCAACACAUUAGCACAGGCUUGUGCAGGGAAGAAACCCAUGUGUAGCUUGCUGUUCACAUUGAGUCUUCCUCACUGUGACAAUCAUGCUAACAAGUGGAGGGCUCAGAAUGCACAAAAGUGGGCAACAGAGCUAGGAACACCACCAGCUCUCCACAUCAGUUGCAUGAUGGCCCCUAGACAAGAAUAAAGCAUGAACGAGACAAUGGUAAAAAUUUGACGCACAAAUGCUCCAAAUGAAUACAUAAAAGACCCUGUUUGUUUCCUGUAUAGAUAAGGAAAUGAUCAUGCCAACCCUUCUGUUGGGUAUUUUAGAGCAAAUAUCUUAAAAGUGAAAAUUGAGGAGUUGAUUCAUAAAAUACAUAUGUGAUGCUUAUGCAACGCAUGUGCAAACUGCUUUUAGAAAAGUAUGUUGUCUUCAUGUUUUAAAACCCUUUCUUACCUCCAAGGGAUAUGGCUAUUUGGCAGAUUCUCAAGCAGAUUAAAUAUACUGACACCUCAAGGUCACCGCCCUCCGCCCCCCCCCCCAAGUCAAAAAGAAAUGGCAAUACAUUUGCCCCAGUAUUUCCCAGUGCUAUAAUUCUUGGCUGUUUCAUUGCUUGCUUGCUUUAUUAAGAUGUUUAUUUUAUCUAAUCUAUUGUUCUUUACUUAAAUUCAUCCUGAUGUAUGUUGAAAACCUGAAGCUGAUGUAAUGCAUUGCUGUUUUUGUCCUGUGCUUAGCCACUUAGGGUACAACCUUAUGCUUGUUUAGACAGAAAAAGUCCUACAACUUUUGCUGGCUUGGGAAUGCUUAGAAUUGUAUGACAUUUUUCUGUCUAAAUAUUUAUAAGAUUGUGCCCUUAAGGUACCUGCAAUGCAGUCUGCUAAGAGCUGAAAUACUACUACACAAUCUACAGAAAUAUGUAUCCUAGAGGUAUCAACCUUUUAAGACACCAAAUUUCAGAAUUUGGGUCAUUGCAUAGUUCAAUCCCAUUAAACUGACAACUUAAGAAGGAUAGGAGAUUCCUAUCACUCUAUUUAUGAUAGGUUUCUGCAAAGCAGGCAAUGUUGGGAGUGAAGUCAAGAAUAUUAAGGAAUCCUAUGUGUCCGCAUACAUAUUACCUUCUUUUUCAGUAAAUUAGAGGCACACGUGAGACAAAUUUAUCUUUGUGGCAUUCUCCAUCUCAGGUUCUGAGUGACCCAGGUUUUUGCCAUUUUAUUCCUUCAGUGUGAUCUUGAUCUGCUGUGUUCAAUUAGAUUUUGUGCUGUUCAUAGAAACAUAACCUAAGUUGUUUCCAUUCAGUACCAGUGUAGAACAAUUGCAUACCCUCUGGUGUUGGUUCUAGUAACUUUUAGAAGCAUUCUUGUUUUUCUCCUUAUAUCUAUGUGUGUCUCUCUCCUUGAUAGCAGUCCUCUUGCUAAUGCAAGAUCUUCAGAUAAUGCCAUGAAAAUCAUCUAUAAGAUAUAUUCCCUUUGCAGUCAUCAAUUUGAUCCCUGCUAUAUUAGUCACGCACCAAGAUUUCUGAGAUGUUCUAGUUUAUGGAAAAAUGAAUCCAUAAUUAUUGGUUGUGGGGGAAUCCAGAUAUCACUCUUUAAGGCACAAUCUAUUUGUUGGGAACAUUGUAUUUUCCCACACUUUGUCUGAACUUGGUUUAGAUACUAAAUUAAGAGCAUAAGAAGAAUUACACCAAAGACCUCCAGGGCAGCAUUCUGUUCCUACAGGGAUUAACUAGACACCCAUGGGAAGCCCAUAAAGCAGGCAUGAGUUCAAAGGCAUCUCCCUACUUACGUUCCCCAUCAAGUGGCAUUACUGGGGCUGAUAGACUACUUGUCUCAUCACAAAUAGCCUUGUCAGUGUGGAAUGUAGCUAGUCAAGCAUCCUAGAGAUAAGUGCAAUGCUUCGACCCUUUUUGCGCACUCGUAAGGCCAGCCUUGAGUACCAUGGAAUGGCAGUGUAUCCUAUGUAUAACCAGUUGUAAAAGCUCUGUAAGCUCAGAACAAAAGCGAGUCUUUAAUCGAUCAACUAGUGUCAAGUCUCAACCUCAGUGACCAUGAGUAUCUAAAGAGAUGAACCAAGUAUAAGUACUUUGUGGCAACCAGUACACACGUCUCCAUCCUUUUCCUGAUGAGGAAUCAGCACCUAAAUUUAUGCACGGUGGCCGAAAUCCAAAAGGAGUCCUGUGUGCACAUGUAGCCAUGCUUGCUGUUUUUUCCACUGCGGAAGUGACCUGCUACUGGUCCAUUUGAAGAGCAGAUUAGCUGUGAGAACUGUUAUGGCCAAACCAGCAAGCAAAAUUCCAGUUCAGUACACAGUUCUCUUGUAUUAGCAUAUCUUCCUUUUCUGAAUCCCAGCCAAUAUGUACUGCUUUUCUGGAAUAUGUAAAUAAUGAAGACAUGAACCAUGAAUGUACACAAACAUGUUGAAAGUGGUAUUAAAAAUACCUGAACAAAUCUGUCCAAAAGAAUAAAAGUUGCCUAAUUCUUUGCAAGCC